AUGGCCAUGAUUUGGGCUUCAACUUUGGCUAUUGGCCUGGCGUGCAUGGGGGCCAUGGCCCAGCUGUCGGUGGUUGAUGUGGACGUUGCUGAACAAAACGACGACGAUGCGGCAGGUAUUUGUUUUUAUUCUUGAUCGUCUACUUUUUAUUAUUCUUGUCCGUUUUGUGAUAGUUUUAUCUAAAUUAUGUCGAAUAAUGUAAAAUGUCACACAAAUUUUAAAAUUUAUGUAUUUAUAUUGUUUUUUAGUUGUUGCAAACAGGACAUACGCAGAAGAACACACUGCGUUACAGCGUGACAUCUUCAUCAAUUACAAUAGAAACCUACGCCCAAUCAAAAACCAAUCACUGCCAUUAAAAGCACAAGCCCAUGUCUACAUUAUGCACUUCUCGGUUCAAGAGAACCAACAGAGUAUGAAGUUGUACGGCCACAUUUACAUGGUAAUAUAUUACUUUAAAGAUACCACAAUAAAAACAUCUAAUUGUGUUAAACUUACAAAAGAAACGUUUAGACGUAUAAGUAUGUGAAUAUAAUAUCGUUUCAGACAUGGUUUGAUGAGAUGGCAGUAUGGGAUCCAGUGAAUUACACUAAUGUAAGGACAACCAUGGUCAGCCAAUGGCAGUUGUGGCAGCCGGAGAUCAAGGUUGCUAACAGGUAAUGGUCAAAAUACUUAAAAUAACUAUUGGUUGUCCUAUGUUAUGGUAUUAUGUACACGAGUACGUCAAGAGAAACAAAAUUAUAUUUUUUAAUUAAAUUGGUUGUUAUGCGAAGGUUUGUAACUUACAACUGCUUAACAAACUCUUUCAGCAUCGCCGGAUCAAGUCAGUACUUCGAGAUCUCGAAACGUUCUCAUGCAGCUCUCACCUCGAUAACUCCAGUUUUGACAAAAGUCGAGAUAUACCCAACGUUCUCCAUCUCCAUUGGUUGUGGCUUUGAUUUUAGGUAACAAGUCUUUUUAUCGACAAAAAAUUCAUGGCUAGGGUCAAAGUUGACACAUAAAGAUAAAGAUGACGCAUAAUUUACGAAAUGCAAAUUUUUUUAAAAAUUCAGAGAUUUAUUAUCAAAACUUUUAUAUUUUUAUCAACCUAAAAACCAAUUUCAGUGAUUACCCAUUCGACGUCCAAGAAUGUGCCCUCAGGUUCUACAAUUCGAAUCCGAUGAGUGAAGUCGAGUUAGUAGUAUAUUACGAACUGAAGCCGAGUGUAAUGUUGGCAUGGGGAAAUGACACAAACAAGAAGUACAUUAGCAGUUGGAAGUUGGAUAACGUUACAGCCAACAUCUCAUACUACCACAAUCGAGUAUACAACGACACCAGACCUACUACGGCGGCCGAAAAGGAACUUACGUGGUAAACACAUUGACUUUAGAUACAGAACUACCUUGUAUAUUUGGCUGUCUUGAGUCACUAAUGUAUUUCUUUUAGUUUGUGGCAUGAUAGUAUAUUGACAUGUUUAGGUCGAUUUUCGUGACAAAAAUCACACUGGUCAGAAACUGUCAGCACUACUGGGUCACGUUGGCUAUUCCAACGUUCUGUGCCAUGUUACUCAACGCUUUCUCGUUUAUGUUUUCUAAGUCGGAGUUGGCCUUGGUUACUGUAAUUGCCAACUUCUUUUUACAAUUGAUAUUCAUGUUGAAUGAGCUCAUCGAACUACCUCCGUCAACUGCUGAACCGCCUCGAAUUAGCAAGUUUUUUGUUUUUUUUAUUCUUAAACUUUUUUAUAUUAACUUACAAGUGAUUACGCUAAGAAUUUUAAUUUUUUGAGUUUUUAAAGUUUUAAUUUUAAAAAGUUUGUUUGAAUCAUGAAAGGAUUGAUAAUUAUUCUUGUUUUAGUUAGGUACAGCGCUUACUUGAUGAUUAUGACAACUACUGCUAUGAUGCUACAUCUUUUUAUUAGAAGGUUACGGUACAAACAAGUGCCUGUACCAAACGAGUACGUCAAGAGGAUCAAAGAUGUCAUAGCUAAUAUAAAAAUUGGCGACAAAAGUAAGUUACCAUAACUUAUAAUAUAGUGCCUACAGCCAGGGGUUUGGCGGGAGGUCGAGGACUGGAGAGGAGGGGGGAGGUCAAAACUGAAGAAGGGAGGGUUUCUAAAAGAUUUUCUAGGAGGGGAGAUCUACCUGGCUUUGCAUACACCGAAGUAUAAGUUAUUUGGAUUAGCUAUACAGUUUCUAAAUAUACUUGACUAUUAUAUUGUAUGUAAUUACUGUAACAUCAUUCCAGAAGAAGACGAGACUUCUGAAAGUUCACAGACUUCAGAAUCCGACGCGUAUCUCUAUGCUGAUCUCACGCGGAAUCUUUGUUUGAUACUGUACUUUACUUUCGGUAUUGUUCUUUCGUUCUUUUUCCUAGUACUGUAG